CACCGGCCCAGCUAGCAAGGCUUCUAGCCUUGUCUAUCUUCGGGGUUUCAAAACAGUGCAACGCUGAGCCAUUGUGGAAAGAUUAAAGAGAAAUGUUUAGACUUUUGACUAAGUUCAAAACACAGUCGCUCAACGAAGUCAAACCGUACGAGAGCAAUGGGUCAAUCGUGUCAGUUGGUCAAGGGGAAAUACUAGAAGACGACGGGAUACAACAGCAAACGUGGCAGCAAGAGGUUUGUCGAACAGAGAGUGAAAAUACUGACACAGCAUCUAAAGAUUUAAUUCGCACUCCUUUUCAUACACGCAUGCCAAACGUACACGUACGGACGCUUCAUUUCCUAAACGAACCGAAUAAAGAAGACGAAAGCACUAAAACUGAGGAUAAAGAAAACGGGGAAAAGUUGGCUGGCCAAGGCUUCCCAGCUUCAAAUCGAGGUGUAUUUGCCGAGAAACGAAAGUGGUCCGACGUGAAGCGUUCUCGUUUUCCGAAACAAAAUUUUUCAAAUGAUAGUUCUUCCAGUGAUGAUGAAGUAAAAGAAUUGUUUUCUAAGCAGCAUCGAAGCUGCAAUUCCAACCCAAAUGGCAACGAUGAUAUAAGACAAAAGUCAAGCCCUAUUCGCAACGCGAAAAUACGUCCUUCCGACAGUCAUACAAGAAAAAGACACCGUAUGACAGCCCAUGAAAGGCUUUAUAGUCGCCCGUCUCUUGACUUUGAAAAGAUGCAACAGAAAGUUUUUUGGAAAAGAAGUGCAUACGGCUCAGCCAGACCACGGAUUGUUAAAGUCAGGAGUUUUGCAGGACACCCACAUCUUCUUGAUUCUUCACUGAUGACAUUCCAACCGAUCCAAGGGAUUCAGGCAUUUAAACUACCCCCCGUGGAGGAGACGAGGUCACUUGCCUAUUAGGAUCCGAUGUAUCCCGCAUAUCCCUUUAAAAGAUCUGGCUGGGAUGGGGGUCAAAUCUAAAAGAUUUCUUGCAGCAGAUUGCCUGGUGAAUCUUCUUUUAUUUAUGAAGACACCGCUGUUAUAAUAUUGUUUUCUAUGAAGCGUAUUCUCAAAAAUUUUUUUAAUGUUAUAUACACACACGUAUAUAUACGCUCAGCUGUGUUUUCGCCAAAACACUUGUGAAGCAAAUGACAAAGUCUUUUCAGCAUUAAAUCCCACUUACCGGUCGUUGUCAAGGUUAUAGGCAAUGUCAGACGACGAAUAUCUAUUACAGUUGAUUUGUAAAGGUUUUUAUGCAAAUCGAAUGUGAUUGAACUAUGAAAAUUGAAUGGUUUUAGUAACUGUAAUAUCGCAUUGAUUUCCACUACCAAAUAUAGGAAUAUAUUGUGUUCUCGCUCUGAUAUCUAUUAGUAGAUAUCUUGCCAUGUAAAACUACAUAUUGCAGAAAAUCGCUUUUAUCUAUUUUUGGAAAGGCUUCUUAUUUGCUUCUUACAAGUCGAAUGGACGACGUGAUAUCGUGUUUACGUAAUGAGAUUGAACCUGAUAAGUCUGGUAACCAGUCAAACUGCAGUGCAGAGUAAUGCUCAUCAACAUUUCACUCGUCCAUUCGAUCCGAGAUGGAAAACACAGCUGAGGUUAUGUGUUUACACGGUUCUUUGCGUCGACAAUGCAAAAACUCUGCGUGGCAAAUAUGUUGCCAAAACAAAAGUGCAAAACCACACGUCGUUUAUUGACUUUGUACACCAGCUCUUUGACAUUUCAAAGAGCCACCGCAUUGUUUUUCACGAAUUUGAAAAAUGUGUAUCUCAUAACCACCUCGCCUGCGAACGCUUUGCGUUGUAAGGAGCAAAGAGCAAUGGGCACCUAUUUUAAAUACAAUAGUUAUGAAAUUGAAAUGAAACCCCUAAAUCGCUUUAUUACGGUAUUACUUACUUCCAGAAUGCACAAACCACAGUGUUACUUAUUAAUUUUAUACGAGCAGUUUUGCCAUGUUAUAUUACAGUAGCCUUUGGUAGGAACGAGAUUAGAAUGUUAGACCAUGUUAUAAAAUGGAAUUUAGAUUGUUUUAAAGGAUUUAAUUUUUGCCAAAUGUGAAUUAUUUUUAAUCAUGUAUAUUUUAGGUGUUCGCUCUCAUAUUGAGAACAUUAUUGAUUGUAUUAUUGAUCAUAUUAUUGAUUGAUUAGAUAUAACCUUGUAUUAUUCGCACACAAAGUAUUUAUAUAUAUAUCUGCUGCAUGUUUUAUAUUUAAAAGUAUACUAUUAGAGUGUUCUACAGCAUUUGUAAAAGUCCAGAGUUUUCACUGACUUUGCAGUGUGGUAUAGAUGAUAUAUUUAUAUAAAGUUUAAAAAAAGUAAAGUUGUAAUAUAUUAGGCAACUAUUGUAUAAACUAGAUUUGGAAUAAAACGAUU